AUGAGGAAAUCUGCGCUCAGUUUCUUUGACGAGGAAGAAGAGAAUGAUGUAGUAGAAAGCUCGUUCUCUCAUCCUAGUGCUGACGAUGGGUGCCAAAGCGCUGCGGCUUCUACGCCUUCAGGGGAUUCUGCUUCUGGAAAAGACGCUUCUUCUCCCUCCGCUGCUCCUGUUGUCUACGGCCCAGAGACUCCUUCUUUUCCUUGUCCUGACCCCCUUCCUUCUUUUUCUUCGAAGGCCAGGAAGAAAUCCCGAGUUUUGUUCAAUGCAGAAGCCGUCACGGCCACGUGUGGUAGCCAAGGAUCGCCGUCUGGCGAUGCCCCUGGUGUACCUACACCCGACUCGUCAGGCGUCGCGUUCCGCGUCCCCGUCUUCAAUCGUCCACGACACCUAGCGUCCAACAAGCUGUCUUCGCCUCAAUCGGGUGAGGGGACAUUAUCGUCUUCCACUUCUGUACAACGAGGCGGAAGUCGUCUGGUAGCUCUCGGCAGCGACGAAAAAAAGAACCGCAAAGGCGCGAACGACGAUGCGUGCUCGGUUCGGUCUACAGCAGCUGGCAGCAGCACGCCAUCGGUGUUCUCGUCUUGUUCGUCGUCAAAAGUUACAAACGACGAGGCACGGUCUUCGUCUCCGUCGUCCGCGCCGCCGCGCGCUCGGCGCAUGCGCUCCGGAUGGGACGAAGACGGAGAAGACGAGCAACGCGACAAGGAAGCAUACAUCGACGAGGAAACGGAUAAGAUGCUGGCCCGCAUUUGGUAUGACCGAGAUGAGGUCUCUGGCUUUUCGCUUGGCGAGUACAUGGACCGAGACGAAGACCAGCGCGAUCGAUUGAGAGAGCGCGAAGAAAAACUAAAAAAGCUACAAGUUCAGUCGAGGAAGCAAUGGCGUGAGCAACAGCGAAACGCGGAUAAUGAGGCGUGGGAAAGAGACAGAAUGAGACGCAGCGGCGUGGGAGAAAGAACGGAGGUGGACUUUGCUGCUCGCAUUGCAGAAGACGAAGAUGAACAAAAGGAGCACGUCAUAUGCCGGAACAUACGACCGCCUUUUCUAGACGGCUUCGACGUCGAGCAUUCGCUGCCGAUGAUGGUUCAGGAUGCUACCAGCGAUAUGAACGUCAUGGCGAGGAAAGGCAGCGCGAUUCUUCGGUUCGUGAAGGACCAAGAAGACCGGUCGGCGGUGCGGCAGCGGUUUUGGGAGCUCGCAGGCUCCACUCUCGGCAGCCUCCUGCAGACCAGCGACGAACAGGAGAAGGCCACGCUGGCGCAGAUGAAGGCGAACAACUCGUGGAAAAUCGCGGGCGAAGAAGAAGGCGAAGAAGAUCGACAAAGCUUUCGGCAACAAAACCAAUACGCGGCGAUUCUGAAGAGCGCAGAGACCGAGGCCACGAGUGAAUUUGCGAGGACGCAAACGCUGGCUGAACAGCGCAAAUCGCUUCCUGUCUACGCUGUGCGAGACGAAUUCCUGGACAUUGUCCGCGAACACCAGAUCGUGGUGGUGGUGGGCGAGACUGGGAGCGGCAAGACGACGCAGUUGACGCAGUAUCUCUAUGAGGCGGGCUACGCGUCUCCGGCGUCUUCUUCUCGAGAGGCGCCGAACCCUCUGCAGCGACUCGUGCGCUCUUCGCCGGAGUCUGUGUUGAAAAGACAGAAACUGGCCGAGGGCGAUCCGCCGGCCUCGCUGCACGGCGGGAUCGCUUCCCUCGCCACGCCGUCCGUGAACCUCAUCGGGUGCACGCAGCCGCGCAGGGUGGCUGCGGUGUCUGUGGCGAAGCGCGUCGCCGACGAGGUGGGCACGGAGCUGGGAGAAGAAGUGGGAUACGCCAUUCGAUUCGAGGACUGCACGAGCGAGCGAACGCGAAUCAAGUACAUGACCGACGGCGUGCUUCUGCGUGAGUCCCUCAGCGACGCCGACCUGGACAAAUACUCCGCGGUGAUCAUGGACGAGGCCCACGAAAGGUCUCUGAACACGGACGUGCUCUUUGGGAUUUUGAAAGGCGUCGUUGCGCGGCGCAGAGACUUCAAGUUGAUUGUGACGUCCGCGACGAUGGACUCGGACCGCUUUUCUUCGUUCUUCGGCGGCGCGGUGAUUUUCCACAUCCCCGGAAGAACCUUCCCCGUGGACGUGGAGUUCGCGCGCUCGCUGCCGGACGACUACGUGGACGCGGCGGUGCAAAAAUGUCUCGCAGUUCACUGCAGCACGCCGUGGAAGAAGAAGACGAAAAAGGCUGAGGCCCGCGAAACGGCGGCGUCGAAGAAGGAAGGAAAAGGCUCUGGCGGGUCCUCGAGCAAGUCCGAUGGCGACACGGCCUCUGCUCGGAUCAAAUCAGAAGACGCGGAACCCGAAGAAGGCGAGGAGAACGGCGGAGACAUUCUGAUUUUCAUGACGGGUCAAGACGACAUUGAGGUCACCUGUUUGCUUCUCGCGGAGCGUCUGGGGCAGCUGGGGGACAAGGCGCCUCCGUUGACGAUUUUGCCGAUUUACUCGCAGCUUCCAGCAGACCUGCAGGCGCGCAUUUUUCAGCCGUCGCCGUUCCGGAAGGUGAUUGUGGCGACAAACAUCGCAGAGACGUCGCUGACCGUGGACGGGAUCAAAUACGUGAUUGAUCCCGGAUUCUGCAAGAUGAAGGUGUACAACCCCAAGGUGGGUAUGGACGCGCUGCAGUUGACGCCGAUCUCGCAGGCGAACGCGAAUCAGCGGAAAGGCCGCGCCGGCCGCACGGGCCCCGGCGUCUGUUACCGGCUGUACACCGAGCGCGUUUUCAUCAAGGAGUUGCUCACCUCGACGGUUCCGGAAAUCCAGAGGACGAACCUCGCGAACGUCGUCCUUCUCCUCAAGAGCAUUGGCAUCCGCGACAUUCUGUCCUUCGACUUGAUGGACCCACCGCCGGAAGAGACGAUCGUGAACGCGCUCUACCAGCUCUGGGUCCUGGGCGCCCUCGACAACUUGGGCGAACUCACGGCUCUCGGGAAGAAAAUGGUUCUCUUUCCGCUCGAUCCGCCGCUCUCCAAGAUGGUCUUGGUCGCCGAGACCCAGCGCGCGACGCGCGAAGUCGUCACGGUCGUCUCCAUGCUCUCCAUUCCCUCGAUUUUUUACUCGCCGAAGGAACGCCAAGACGAGGCAGAGGCGACGAAAGAGAAAUUCUUCGUCCCGGAGAGCGACCAUCUGACCCUCCUGAACGUCUACCAGCAGUGGAAACGAACGCAGUACAGCAGUUCCUGGUGCACGCGACACUUUGUUCAACCCAGAGCGAUGAAGAAGGCUCGGGAAGUUCGGGCGCAGCUUCUCGACAUCAUGGAACAACAGGGUAUCCCCGACGUCUCCUGUGGCACGGACUGGGACGUUAUUCGAAAGUCAAUCUGUGCGGGGUACUUCCACAACGCGGCGAAGCUUCGUGGCAUCGGCGAGUAUGUCAAUUUGCGUUCGUCCAUUCCCUGCCAUUUGCACCCGACCUCUUCGCUCUACGGCGCUGGACACACGCCAGACUACGUCGUCUACCAUGAAGUCAUUCUCACGACGAAAGAGUACAUGCGAAAUGUGACCUCCGUCGAAGCUUCAUGGCUAGCCGAAUUGGGUCCAAUGUACUUUGCGCUUCGACGCAUGGGGGAAGGCGGUCGCCAAGCGCGCGAACGGGACGAAGACGAAAAUCGAAAAGCGGAGUCGAUUUUUCAGCAGCAAAUCCAAAAGGCGGCUGCGCACCAGCAGGCGCAGGCUGAGGCCGCCAAGGCCGCCGCACGAGAGGCCCAGCAAUUUGCCGUCGCAACCGCGGGAAGAAGAAAAGGCCCCGGAGGGAGUUCUCGCCGACUAAUUUGUUAG